AUGAAGAUACGAGUGCAGUGUGCGCCUUUCACUAGGAAGAGUUAUCCCUUCGGGCCCAUGAAGAAGCACAAGAAGAAGCCGCUCACGGAGGAAGUCAUGAGGUCGGCUUCGAUAAGACUUCGAUAUGGUGUGAAGAGUGUAAACAGAGAGAGUUCGGCACCCUACAAGCCCGUAAUCCCACGAGAGCUGGCACAGGACUUCCAGAGACCAGCGCGACUGGACAUCCUUCUGGAUAUGCCCCCCGCUUCCAGGGAAGCGCAAAUCAAACACGGAUGGAAUCCGGACGAUAGGUCACUUAACAUAUUUGUCAAAGACGAUGAUAAGUUGACUUUUCACCGCCAUCCCGUAGCACAGAGCACCGACUGCAUCAGAGGUAAGGUCGGUCUGAGUAAAGGACUCCACGUCUGGGAGGUGCACUGGUCGACGAGGCAAAGGGGAACCCAUGCAGUCGUCGGAGUCGCCACCCAGGACGCUCCUCUUCACAGCGUUGGCUACCAGAGCCUUGUUGGAAGUAACGAUCAGUCUUGGGGCUGGGACUUGGGUCGGAAUAAACUAUAUCACGACUCGAAAAAUAACGCAGGUGUUAUAUACCCUGCAACGCUUAAGCCUGAUGAAACAUUCAUCGUACCAGACAAAUUUUUAGUUGUAUUGGACAUGGAUGAAGGUACGCUAUCGUUUGUCGUCGACGGACAAUAUUUAGGUAUUGCCUUCCGAGGAUUGAAGGGAAGAAAGUUGUACCCGAUAGUGAGUGCUGUUUGGGGCCAUUGUGAAAUCACAAUGAAGUACAUUGGAGGCCUGGAUCCUGAGCCCUUGCCGCUGAUGGACCUCUGCAGGAGGGUGAUAAGGCAGCGAGUCGGAAAGCAGCAGCUGGAGGAGAGGAUCUCAGACCUGAACCUCCCCCACGCGAUGAACACCUACCUCCUCUACAAGGACAGGAGAUAACAUGUGGCGCAACCUGCACCAUCGUCGCAUCAACUACCUCAUCAACGCCCGCGCCGGCUCGCCUCACACCGUCGUCUCUCAAAGUGAUUUUAGUCGGACGCACAGUUUUCACUUCCAGGGACUUAUAUAUUUUACGAACAAGCGCUCUCGAAAGAGUCUAUUAUAUAUAUAUUAUGUAUAAUUAUUAUAAGACCGCGCGAUCUUCAUUUCUCAAAUAGUAUUUUUGUGUAUCUUAUGAAAAAAAACUUUUUAGCAUAAAUAUAAAUAUAUAUAUAUAUUAUAAAUAGUAAUUUGUAAGUAUCCAAUAAAUUGUUAAUUUUUAUUUAGGAUUUUUCAAUUUUUUUUGUUUCAAAAUGUUUUUAAAUUUUAUCGCUUCAUUUAUCACAAGACGGACAAUCCACAUCGGUGGAGCCUUAUGAACACUAUGUAUAUUAUGGUCCUUUCAGUGUUUCUUCUGAGGUGGUUUGCGUGCAAAAUAAUUGUGGUGUUGCAUGAAUUUUGUAUUUUGUAGUUUUGCUUUCAUUUUAAUUUAAUUUUACUUUUCUUUUGUUUAAACAACGUUCCUCAUUAAUUCUUGUGAUAAAUGAAAAUUUGUAUAUAUUAAAAAAAAAAAAAAUAAUAAUUUCAGUGCAAAACACCAGUUUUCUAGGGGCCUAGACUUUCCAAAGCUGGUUUCUUUGUUUUUUUUAAUUGUUUUUAAGUUUAAAAAUGUUCGGAGCUUUCGACAGUUCUUGUAUCUGGAUGUAUUUAUAAUGUAUGUAAAUUGUACUUAUUUACUUUUAAAUUGAUGUGUUAUGUUUGAAAUUUUCAGUUCGACAUUAUUAUGAUGUUUUCUUUCUUUUUGAAAAAAAAGUGAUGUUUUAAUAAUUGUUUUUAUAUUGAUCAGACCUGAAGAUAUCUGUAUGACAUUUUUUAAGAAUUUUUAUUUGAAAUAAAAAAAAAUGUUUGCAUUUUCUAUGUGAAAUAAAAUGAAAUUGUAUUGCUGAAGUGAAAAAAAAAAAAAAGAAAAAGGAAAAAGUGUUUAUAAUUUAAAAUGUACAUAUUGUUUGAAUGAAUGGCGCUCUUCUCUUUAUAUUUGUAUUAGGCACUAAUACCCGGAGUGAUUAGGUAAAGAGCUAAAUGCUUAUACUUAACUGUAUGUGCGGUUUUUAGAAUUUAGAAAUGCAAACAGCGACUGAGCAUAUUAAAUAUUUGCCCCUCCCCCCAUUCUUAUAUUAUAUAAAUGUAAAUCUGCAUAGUAAAAUAAAACGAAAAACUUAAAAAAAAAAAAAACAUUGUAAAUUAUGAAGAAAAUAAUGGCUCUUUAUAAAUAAUUUGUAGAUUUAUUUUUUAAUUUAAAGCUAUUGCUUGUUAAUGAUUUUAUGCAUUGUAUCAUCGCAAAGUAAAAAAAAACACUUGUAAAAGUAUAUGUUUUAUCUUAUUGAAAAAGGAAUUGCUAUUAUUCAUUACCAACAUGUAUGUAUAUAUAUAUAAAUAAAUAUAUAUUUACAUACAGAUACAUACUAAGAAAAUAUUUGUGAUAAAGCGAUAUCAAUGAUCCAGUUGAGUCUAAGGAGUGUUAAUAUUUUUCCGUGAUAAAAUUUGCACCAACCCGGCAUGUUUCGACUGGAAAUGUUAAACAUUUAACUAAGAAGGUUUGACGUGAUUAUUACAUUUUUAUAUAUAUAUAUCUAUAGUUGGUGCAUUUUUUAUAGAGGCAAUUGUUCCUUUGAUAUUGUAUCUAAGUCAUAUAUUAAAGAAGUCAUUUAAGUCAUACCGUGCACUACAGUACCAAGCACGGGCUAGUUUCAACUUCUAUAGAAUCAGAAAUACCCAUUUAUAUCGUCUGUAACCACAUAUAUAUAUAUAUAUAUAUAUAUAUAUAUAUAUAUAUAUAUAUAUAUAUAUAUAUAAAAUUAUAAAAUACCGACAAGCAGUCAGCUGUAAUUUUGUACUAUGUUGAAUAAGAAUUGUUUUUGUCAAAGCAAAGUGUUCUGUUUUUUAUUUUUUUAAUAUAAUUUUUUUUAAAAUAUCGUUUCUAAAAAUUUAAUGAGCAAGACUUAUAAAGCACAACUUUUAAAUGAGAGGGUACUUUGCUUUGGAAAAAGCAAUCUAUGUAUAAAUUUUGAUGUUUGUAGCAAAAUACUUAUAAAACGUGAUUCAUAAAA